GUUAUGUUGUGUUGCCAGGCAGCGCAGGUGUAGCUCCGCGGUAUCAUCACAGCAACUGAGCGUGAGCCGUGAGCAGCCAGCCAUGCUACUAUCAGCUGGCAUCGCGGUGUUGUCGGGUGGCACAUAAGAAAAAAGUGCUCAUUUUUCUAAUGUAGUGACUACAGGAAAUUUGUAAUGGCUCGAGGCUCCAGAAGAGGACCUCGCCAUGAGGGGACCUCGGGAGCAAGACACUGUGUUAUACGAGCUCCCCCUAGGACAAGAAGCCAAGCUCUCAUGGAAAACCAAGAAAUAGAAAUACAGCAUACACCUACCCAUAAAAAGGAAAAUGGAUAUGUUCCUGAUUAUGUGAAGGAUGUCAGUAAUACAUCCUCACCAACUAGGGACAGGUCACCAGACUCAGCAAUAUCUUCUAAUAGCUCAAAGUGGUCAGUGUCCAGUAACAUUUCCAUCAUGGGCAGACAUUCAGUAUCUGCUGAUUCAGAGUCUAUAACAGUCUUAGAUUCAGUUGUAGAAGAGGCUGAAAGAGGAUCAAAUGAAAGUGUAAACUUAGACACUGUAAAAUGGGUGAAUAAUGUAGCAACAGAAAGAACUCGAGCUGCCACACCUCUCAUUAGAACAAGUGCUGCUGCCAAUGGAAGCUUGAUGAGGCACACAGGAAGUCUAGUUACAGAGAGCUUAAAUGUGAUGGAAGCACACUUUUUAAAUAAAGCAAAGAUGGCAUAUGUAAAUUCUAGCUUUACAUCAGAGUUGGUGGUUCAUCUCUACAUCAUUGUAUCCUGCGCAUCAUCAGCAUCAAUGAAAGCUGAACUCGAGAGAAUAGAAUCUGUGACUCCAGUCAAUCACUUGCUGCCCUUGCACCCUGUAGCUUUGCAAGUAGCUGUUUGGUUUAUGAUUGGCUGUCUGUAUGAUUUGAUUUCACCAAGAACUGCACUGCUGUUACCAGAAGUUGUUGUUUUACUUUUUCAUCUGAUGAAUUAUAGCAGCUUUGGGAAAUUGUGCAGUCACUUUCAUUCUUACAUGUCUUCUAUAAAGAUGGGUCUUCUAGGAUCUCACCUACUUGCAGUACAUCUUGGCUAUAGACACAACCUUGCUGGGGUGUUGUCAAGAGUGAGCCUUUCUUAUGGGCUUUGUAUCAUACUGUUUCCUGCUGCUGCCAGAGUGGUCAGCCAACAAUUCGGGAAUUCCAUUAACUCUCAACUUCUUACUAUCUUGAGUCUUCUGAGCAUCAUAUCUGCAUUUUGCAUCUUUGGGAGUAAUACCCCUACAACCAAUGGUCUGCUUCCUAUUGUGUCUGGUCGUCUCAGUUGGAUUAACUUAAUUGGCUGCCUAAUGAUGAAAUUUGUUGUAACUGUGCUGGCUUCAUCAUUGCUUCCUUGGCUUAAUGCUUUACUGAAGGACAACAGUGAGAAGAUGGGUCUUCCAGAAGUUGUAACAAGUGGAUUACUGUGUACACCUGCUGUAAUUGUGCCUUUUUUAUUACUCUGCACAACAAUCCCCACAGCCAUAUCAGCAAUGGCUUUUCUGCUGACAUUAUUUUAUCUUUUCAUAUGAACCCUGUGUGGCGGAUGAGCUGUGGCUCAUCACGCAACACCUUUAAGUGCACCAUGGCUACAGCACUGAUACCAGAGGAGGAUGUUGUGGACAAUGAAGGCAUGAAUCAGAGUGAUGUGUGCGAAGAUGAUCACAUGGAAGCCGACUUUCAGCUGUGGGAGAAGAAAAGGAAAAGAAACAGGUGGCAUAGCCAGCGAGAGGCUGAUUCUAGUGGUGAUGACCAAGGAGACAGAGACAAUAAGGUUAGAAACAAAACACGUGCUUGUGAGUCUGCAUCGGAAUGUGGGAGUGGAGCACAACAAGCACCAUGUGGGCCAGCCAGGAGCGGGGAUGGCCAGCAGGUCCGUGAGCCGCCGGCCAAGCGCGAGAGCGGGCAGGCGCGAUCACCGGCGUCACCCACCAACAGGGUCAGUUUGCUUUUUCCAACACUGGCUUAAACUUCCAUGAGAAAUUGCUAUGGAUGGUCAAGCUUGGCCAUGCACGCAAGUCAUUUCUACCGCUGUUGAAGGAGGGCAAACACAGACCAUAUGUAACAGUGGGCAGUCAAGGAGGCAGUGGAGGUGCUGACAACUACUGGCUUUGAGGGUGUGGUGCUCAAGAUACCUGAAGAAAGGGAGCAGCUCACCAAGGUGAUUAUUUUUCAGUAUCCGCUUAUCCUUGAACCGGAAUUCCUCCUUGACGACUCAAGGUUUUGUUUGGCCAAGAGACAUGUUAUCAGAGGAGAAACAAGAAAUCAAGUCGUUGCUCUGAUGAGAGGUGAGGUGCCAGAGAAAAUCUUCAUUAGUGGGGCUGAAUACAGACGAGUGGUGCCCUAUGUGGAGGUGCCUGUUAUGUGUCUGUGUUGUUGUAGGUGGGGACACAUGGCAUGGAAAUGCCAAGAGGAUCCAUGUUGCAGGUACUGUGUAAGGAAACAUCAAUUAACUGUGUGUGCUGAUAAGAUAAAAAAUGGAACGUGAGUGAUGCCCCGAUGCUGCAACUGUGGAGGGGACCAUAACGCAAGGUACCCAUCAUGUUCACAAAAGCCCGUUGUGGAACGUAGAGUCGACCAAGGAACAAGUGAGAGGGUGAUGUCACGUGACCUGCCGACCCACGUGAGUACCCAGCUGCAUACCAGAGGCGGCCCGCGCGGCAACGCCUGAACAGGUGGCGGGGAGGCUGCAGCGGCAGGUGUUUCACCACAACAAGGAGAACAGGCGCUUGGAGAUGCAGCUGGGAGUGAGGUCUGGCCGGCCUUGCACGUAGGGGGAGGUCGUCGUCAUCAUUGGGGGAGGAGAGGUCACAGCCCGGCAGCGGCCACCCACGUGACCGGGCCGCCACCACAGCCUUCAAGUACCUUCUCUCACACAGCACCCUCUAUCGAGUCUGCCACCCUCCCACUGUCCCCGGCCCCUCCCGCCCAGCCGCCAACACCCUCACCCACCAGGAGUGACCAGACAGGGACGUCGACUGCUGAUAAUUUUGGUGAGAUACUCACAUAUAUGAAGCAUUUGGAAAAGAAAAUUGACACAAUAGAUAGGAGAGUUAGUCAAUAUAUUGAGAGGGAGAAGGAUACAGUUCUGACUAAUGUGACAAAGCUGGACAAUAUGAGUGAGGUCUCUACAUAAAAGGAAACAUGCAUGAACGCUACCAGUGCUAAAACACAUAUAUGUGAGAUACUCACAUAUAUGAAGCAUUUGGAAAAGAAAAUUGACACAAUAGAUAGGAGAGUUAGUCAAUAUAUUGAGAGGGAGAAAGAUACAGUUCUGACUAAUGUGUCAAAGCUGGACAAUAUGAGUGAGGUCUCUACACAAAAGGAAACAUGCAUGAACGCUACCAGUGCUAAAACACAACCAUUGAUCUCGGUUGGUGUUGAAUCUCAAAACUCUUUUACAGAACUGGGAAAGGAGUGGUAGAGAACAAGACAUGAUGUUUGUAAAAAAUUGGAGUGAAAUUCAACGCUGUUUUGAUGUUGCUAGAGAAUUAUUGGAGAAUGUAACAAAUGUAAAUAAAACUGAUGACUUACCACCAGUACAUGGGUUAGUGUGAACUAAAGGUAAUAUCUUGGAACAUCAAUGGGGUUAGUAGUCGAAUAGCAGAUAUACACUACUGUAUCACUAAAUAUUCCACUGAUGUACUUUUAUUACAAGAAACUUUAGAUAGGGGAGACUCGUGGUUAAAAAUUAAUGGUUAUGAGUGUUAUCAUCUGUCAGCUGGGGAUGGGGUUAGGGGACUCAGCACAUAUGUGAAAAAGUCCUUGCUGUCAGAGUUUGUUGGGCGGCCAGUAAGGGAGGAGGGAAUUGAAAGCUUAGUUGUAAAAGUUUACAUUAAGGAUGCAGUGUUGAAUGUUGCUAAUUUAUAUGUGACUAAAAAUUGCUUUAACGUGGCUUACCUUCCAGAUUGUAUUUUUAGUGAGGUAACACUCUUAGUGGGGAAUUUAAAUGCUAAACAUAGUGAACUAGGAGAUUUAAAUGGUAAUAGUAAUUGUGCUGCUUUUUAUCAGCUUCUUCAUGAUUAUGAUGUACGUUUAUUGGGGGAUUGCAGUGCUAUUUAUAUUAAGGGUGGGAGGUUUGAUUAUGCAUGUAUUUUCAAUGGGUAAGGUUUAACUGGUCAGUGUCACCUUCAGUCUGAUCGUUUUAGUGAUCAUUUUGCUCUUGCUGUCACUCUACCUGUUGAGAAAAGACAUCCAAUAAGUAGAAGGAAGAGAAUAAUAGUGCCUAAGUCACCCGAUAAUGUUAUGCGAUUUGUACGGAACAUUACAAGUUGGUAUAGUAAUUAUACUCCUACUGAUCUAGAUGCCUUUUAUGAAGACUUACUGAGUAAAGUAGAACUUUUAUACACUGAUGAGAGGACAACCUGCCACAGGAUGGCUCACAAAAUGAAUGAAACUUAUACUGAUGAUGCAAUAGUUAAGAAAUGGGGAAGGUUACUGAGGGUGGCACAUAAGAAAUGGAUACAAGGUAAAAGUGAUGCAACGAAGGCAGUACUUCUAGAAACGGCUAAAAUAUGUGGCACUGUCCGUAAAGAAAAGAGAGGGAAAAAUUGGGAACAUUUUGUCAACUGCAUUGGAAGAAGCAAAAAUACUCAUGAAAUUUGGAAACAGGUAAAUAAAGUACAUGGUAAAGGACAACAAGCUGUAAUGCAUCCCGACCCUGGUGCUGUUGCCAACCAGAUGGCAGAUCAGUGGGCCCAAGCAUCAACCACUGAUACCUUGCCAGCAGAUAUAAAGGAGGGAGUCAGUAGCUGGGAGGGAGUGAGGCGAGAAUUAAUUAUCUCUGCCUUGAAUAUGGGUGGACCGACCAGCAGUAAAAUAACUCAAGAAGAACUUCUACUUGCUAUUAAACAUGUAGGCAAAUCCACCGCACCGGGAGAGGAUGGCGUCACUUACGAUGUCCUCAACUGCCUUGCAUCCACAUCGAGGACGGUCCGCUCCUUGACUUGUUCAAUAUGAGCUACAGGGAGGACAGGUUACCUAGAGCAUGGAAAAAGGCCAUUAUUAUACCUAUCCCCAAGGCCGGUGGUGGAUUUAGGCCUGUGUCCUUAACUUCUUGCUUUAGCAAGAUGAUGGAAAGAAUUGUGCUUGGGACGAUUGACGAUUGCCUACAUCCCUCACUCUAUGGUUUUAUGAAGGACAAGGGAACGACAGGGCCACUUAUCAAUUGUCUAAGUAAUGAUUCGGAUUACUGUACAGUAGAAUCUCGAAUCUCGAUCAUAAUUGGGACCAAAAAUACUUAUCGAGAUUCAAAAUAUCGAGAUGCGAAGUUACCUUUUUAUAGAGAAAAAUGUAAUUGGGACCAAAGCUUUGGCAACUAACCUAUAUUAACUAUGUUAACCUUGAAUCUUACACCUAAAGUAUUUACCACAUAAUACAUUACAGUUCAUAUAAUAAAACUAAUGAAAUGUUACAAUAAAACAACAUAUAUUUACCUUGAAAUAAAGUUUAGGUGGUUGAUGUCGACUCAGUGUAAAUCAGGGUUUGGCUACUGGGACUUCCCACCUUCACUGCCUAGUCUUGUCAUGGUCUUUCGUACAUUCUCUCCACUGCAACCAAUACCGUCAGUUUCUGCAUCAAAUCCUACAAAUGGCGGUUCUUCUGGCAGUUCAGUGUCCAAAGCUUCAAGGUCUAUUGGUCCUUCAUCUUCCGUGAUGUUCUCGAUGACCUCGGUGACUCGCUGCUGCAUCUUGAACAAAUUCGUUAUGGUGGGCUGUUUUUGUUCACUGAGUUUAUAGUUGUAAAUGCCCAUAAUUUUCCUGUUGAGAUGAUCAAAAGCCUCCUGAAGUUUCAUUCUCCACUUUUCCCUCCACAAUAUCCUUGGUCUUUGCCACAAGCCCUACUGCCUCAGACAAUUGCUGCACACUUAAGAAGGGAGGGUCUGGCAUGGUUGCAGGCUCUUCUGGCUCGUCCUCCACAUCUUUAAUUAAAUUUUCAAUUGCUUCACUUGCAUCAACCUUUUCUCCUAAUAAUUCUUUCAUCACAUCAUUCUCAUUAACAUCACAGAAUCCAGGGGCAGGAACAGUUGUUAUAGAUGUCACAGCGUCAGCAAGUAGAUCAGCCUGUCGUUGAAUUUGUGAGGCAUCAUAAGAGACUGUUUUAUUCUCGGCUAGCAGAUUUUCCCAGGCAUGCCUGAUAGUUGCAUCUGAUAUGUUAUUCCAGGCUUUCACCAUUAAAUCCACUGCAUUGUGAAUGUUGUAGCAUUUCCAGAAUUGCCUCACAGAAACAGCUUCCUUUGACGAAACGUCUUCCUCACUGGUGACCUGGGGCUUGGCGGUGGCUCGCGUAGCGGUGGCCUGGCUGGAGGUAGCUGGCAUCUCACCAUCACUUUCACUCUCACUUGUAGAGUUUUCAAUCUCGAUCAGCUCAUCAUUACUAUCUGUUUCAUGUCGCAUUUUAUCAUGGAGGUACUUGUAGUAUAACAGCUUUACAUUGGCUAUUAUUUCCUGGUCCAAAGGUUGUAAUAUGGAAGUGGUGUUUGGGGGUAAGAACACGACCUGAACACAUGGAUGCCGCCCUAUGAGAAAUUUUGCAUGGCCAGGUGCAUUAUCUAGAAAGAGAAGGAUUUUGAAAUCCAAGUUUAGUUCUUCACACUUUUUCUUUGCAUCUGGGACAAAGUAUUUAUCAAACCACUCGACAGAAAGUGCUGAGGUCAUAUAGGCUGAGGCUGUAGUCUCCCAAUAAACAUUCAGUUGUUGCAUGUUUGCAUGUUUAUAAGGUCUGGGUCUCUUGUACUUGUGUAUAACAAGAGGUUUCAUCUUGUGGCUGCCAGAAGAAUUGCAAGUAAAAAGAAGGCUGAUACGUUCUUUGGACACUUUUACUCCUGGUGCUUGUUUUUCAUUUUUAGAAAUGAAGGUGGCUUUGGGAGAACGCUUCCAGAAAAGGCCUGUCUCAUCGCAAUUAUAUAUCUGGUCUUUGCAAUAGCCUCCUUCUUCUAUGAUUUGCUUGGCAAUUGCAGGAUAAUUAGCAGCACUAUCACUGUCAGCAGAAGAUAUCUCACCUUGAUACUGUGCAUAUUUAAUGCCACACCGCUUCUUAAAUUUUUGCAGCCACCCACAGAAGCAUUAAAUGGAGGAGGAUUUUUUACUUGCCUUUUCUUGCAAACAGCCUGGUAGAAUAUCCUUGCCUGUUCACGCAGCUGAGGACCAUUAAUACUUGCUACCUCUCUUGCUCGUCGUUGAAUCCACUUCACCAGAUAAUAUUCCAUUUCUGCCACUAGACGGUUACUUUCAUUAUAAAUACACGUGAUUCGGCGCUGUCUGAGUGAGUUUCCUGUGAAUAAUUUUUUUGCCAAUGUCGCUGAUUUCUUCACUUCAUCCUUCUUGCUUUUUAAUGUGGAAAUAGUACUCUGAGGAAUACCUGUAAGUUUUUGUAUUUCGCUAACUCUGUGGCCUUUCUCCAGGAGUUGCAACACUUUAUCCUUGUCCUCCGCAGUGUAUUUGUUAAGUUUUUUCCCUUCUGGGUUUUUUCACACUUUGUUGUCCUUUACUCCCAUUCUCGCCCUUAUCCACCUCUUGGGCCUUUCCAGUGGCCGUGGGAAACAUGAUGAAUGGGAUCCAGGUAGCCUUCACCCCAAGUAACAACCUUGACCACGCAUGCCCGGGGUUUGAAUGGCUGGGGGGUGGGGGCCACGGGUGACUGGUACACACUACACUCCACAAGUUGCCGCUACGUGGGAGAGCAAUCGAAACAAUCGCAUCGCCAUGCGCCAUGUUUGUUUUGAUACAAUAAAAUGAAAAAUAGCGAUUGAGAUUCGUGUAAUGUGAUCGAGAUAUGUGAAUCGUGGGUUUUUGACAGUGCAAUCAAGAUGUAAAAUAUAGAGAUGAGAUCGAGAUUCGAGAUUCUACUGUAGGACUUUUAUCGAUCUGAAGGGGGCUUUUAAUAGAGCAAAUGGUGGGGUCAUUAUGUAUGAACUUGCAAACAUGGGAGUGACAGGACAGUUACUGCACUGGAUUGGGGGUUACUUACAUGACAGAAGAGCACGUGUAUGCUAUCACGAAGCCUCAUCCUCAGAAAUGCGGCUAGAAUUAGGCACCCACAGGGAGGAGUUCUUAGCUCCACAUUAUUCAAUGUACUUAUGAAUCGAGUGGCUAAAGAAUAAACUGGAACAGGAGUGAAUGCCACAAUAUAUGCAGAGGACAUCCUCUUUCAGAGUAAAAAUAUGAAGAGCAUGCAAGAGGCUCUAAAUAACUUCACAGUGCUAACACAGAAACUGGGGCUAGUAAUCAAUGAAAGUAAGACCAAGUUCAUGUGUCAUUCCAAAGGAAAACAGGAUCUUCUUGUAAAUGGCAAAACAAUAGAGUGAAAAGUUAUAAGUACUUGGGUGUGUAUGUGGGGUACACAGCAGAGAGUAAGGAGGCUGAGGUAAAUCACUUGACGACACAAAGUCGUGCGAGAUUGAAACCAAUAAAAGCACUGGCGUGGAGUGGGAGGGGCGUCGGGGUGCCUAUUCUUAGGAUGUUGUAUCAGAGCAUAAUAAGAUCCUUGAUUGAGUAUGCUUGCCCUGCUCUCUCAUGUUUUGAUAGCAAGAGGAUUACUAAAUUGGAAAGGCUUCAAAAUGAGGCAAUGCGGAUCAUUCUUAAUUGUCCAAAGAAUGCCAUGAUUUAUGCCAUGAGAUGUGAACGUAGUCUCCCAAGCAUAAGUAACAUCAUACGCGAGGUAAGUACUGUAGGUGCUGUGAGGCACCUUAGGACACAAACAGACCCAAGCUUAUGUGGCAGAAUUACCCCCAGCUGGGGCACGGGAGGGUCAAACGGGCAGAGGAAAAGCUAUCUACGGAAACUCCCUUGUAACUUUCAUGUCUAUGGUAUUAGUGACACUGAUCUCAGUCCAGUUAAAAGUGUGAAAUGUGCACCAUGGGAAGAGGAUAGGAUUAAUGUCACCAUAAAGGAGCUACCAUAUAAAAAACACAGCUACGUGGUAGGAGAGUUGAAAGGACAGUAUGAGGCAAGCAUCAAUGAGCUGGAAGAGAGCGGACUGACUCAUGUCUACUGUGACAGGUUGGUGAGGGACGACGGAAAGGCUGGCUGUGGUCUACUUCCGAGACAUGUCACAGACAAUGGAGGGCACGUAGACACGGAGCAGUACUAUAGAGUGAGCGGCGUGUCCUCCACUCAGGCAGAGCUGUGUGCCUUGUACUUGGCUCUCAUCCUGCUACAGGGAGGAGUGGGGGAUGUAUGGAUCUUUAGUGACAGUCGGGAAUCACUAAACCCAUUCUGAAAAGCCUGGUCAAUAUCUGUAGUGUUAAUAAGAAAACUGGCAAUGUCGCGGCGUGUUGUGUUCAUGUGGGUGCCUUCUCAUGUCGGCAUUCAGGGCAAUGAAAGAGCAGACAAACUGGCUAAGGAAGGAGCAUUGAAAAGCUCUGUUGAUCUGCAAUGUGCUAAUACUCUUUGCCAAAUCAGAAACAAAAUUAGAGAAGCAAACAU